AUGCCUGUGGACACGCUGACUCCGGGAGCCCGGGACACCCCUGCUCUACCUAUCCGCCUACGGACCAAGGUUCCUGGCUACCUGCUACGGCGUCCAGCGGACGGUGGAGCCCGGAAACCUAGUGCUGUCGAACGCCUGGAGGCCGACAAGGCCAAGUAUGUCAAGAGCCUGCAUGUCGCCAACACUCGUCAGGAGCCUGUGCAGCCCCUGCUGUGCAAACAGCCCCUUUUCAGCCCCGGAACUCGCCGCACCGUGCUCACACCUAGCCGCCGAGCCCUGCCUGGCCCUGGCCGCCGGCCCCAGCUGGACUUGGACAUCCUUAGCAGCCUCAUCAAUUUGUGUGAUAGUCCUGUGUCCCCUGCCGAGGCCAGCCGUACCCCCGGACGGGCUGAGGGGGCCAGGCAGACUCCCCCGGCCACGCCCCCACGCCCACCGCCGAGUAUUGCUGCGGUCCGACGAGUGGAUGUCCUGCCCCUGCCGGCGUCACCUGUCCAGCCCUGCCCAUCGCCAGGCCCUGCCGCCGCCUCUAGCCCAGUCCGGCCCCCAGGUUUGCAACGCUCCAAGUCGGACCUGAGUGAGCGCUUCUCACGGGCAGCAGCUGACCUGGAGCGAUUCUUUAACUUCUGUGGCCUGGACCCGGAGGAGGCGCGGGGAUUGGGUGUGGCCCACCUAGCACGGGCCAGCUCAGACAUCGUGUCGCUGGCGGGGCCGAGUGCUGGGCCAGCCAGCUCCGAGGGGGGCUGCUCCCGCCGCAGCUCAGUCACCAUCGAGGAGCGGGCUCGGGAGCGUGUCCCCUAUGGCGUGUCAGUGAUAGAGCGCAACGCCCGCGUAAUCAAAUGGCUGUAUGGGUUGCGGCAGGCGCGGGAGACUCCAGCAGCUGAAGGCUAG